AGUUGAUCCAGUAAGGAACACGGUAUGACAAAGUGAAGUUCCCGAGUGAAACUUCGCGAUGGGUUUACUGACGGUCUGAUUUAACCUGUUGCCGCCUGUAAGUUGGGCUUUGAAAGUGGCAGUUUAGUGAGUGCUUCAAGGCGUCAUCAUGCACGUCUGAGCGACAUUCUCAAGCAUGUCUUCGGCCUUCGGCAACAUCUCAGAAACGAAGAUCCUCAUAAUGAAAAUCCUCGAGUCUAAGAAUAUCACCAUCACAGAAGAACUACUUAAUAAAAUAAUUCGUUUUAACCCGGGAACUGCGUCUACAAACAGCGUCGAACUAAACCAAGACCCGAGCUGUGGCGGGCAAUUUAAACUAUGGGCCAACGUUUAUGCCAAAGAAUACCAUCCUUAUUGUGCGGUGAUCGUUUGCCUGUUUGGCAUAAUCACUAACUGUUUAAACAUAAUCGUUUUGACAAGAAAAGACAUGGCUACGGCGCCAAUUAAUAAAAUUUUAACAGCUUUGGCUUGGGCAGACAUGUUAUUGAUGAUCGAGUAUAUUCCUUUUGUGGUGUAUGAUAAAGUCGACUCUGAGGCAAAGGAACUGACGUAUAACGGAGCAGUGUUUAUGUUGUUUCAUAACCAUAUCACACAGAUCUUGCAUACGACCUCGAUAUGUUUAACUUUAAUGUUGGCUAUAUGGAGGUUUUUAGCAAUAAGAUUCAUUGAUCAAAACCACAUCCUAUGCUCUCACCAUCGCUGCUCAAUAGGCAUCAUGACCUGCUACACCUUACCACUACUGCUCUGCUUACCGCAGUACAUAACGUUCAAAAUUGAACAGGUCAACAUCACUGAAGAAGGUAAAGUGGUGACCCUGUACCGAGUGAACCUUAGCCAUAUCGUUGUGAAGCAAGAAGUUAUAUUGAAGAUAAACUUUUGGCUGUACUCGAUAUUCUUGAAACUGUUGCCGUGCUUGAUUUUGAUCAUUAUCAGCAUUUGGCUGAUUAGGACGUUGUUCAAAGCGAAAAAGGGACGACAGAUUUUGAAGGGAAAUUUCGAUAGCGUCCCUUUGGCUGUACAAGGAAAAGGGAAUAACAUAAAACAAAGCAAAUAUGAAAGAAGAGCGGAUAGAACGACGAGGAUGCUUAUAGCGAUUUUAACGUUGUUUUUGCUCACCGAAUUACCCCAGGGCCUGUUCGCUUUUAUAAUAGGAUUACACGGACUGAAGCUGUUUGUCACUUGCUAUCAACAAUAUGGGGAAAUCAUGGAUAUUUUGGCACUGUUCAGUGGAUGUAUCAACUUUAUUCUUUAUUGUUGCAUGAAUCGUAUGUUCAGGGUCACUUUCGGGCAACUGUUUAAGAACAGGGUUAUUGGACGAUGGACUCAGGGUGCUGCAUCGGAAACAGUUACAACGGCACCCGCCAUCGAACAGGUUACCACUGCAGUUUAAAACAAUGCACCUCUUGUAAAUAUAUUAAGUACUUAAUUAAUAUAAGCGUUUUUAUUAUAUGGUAAUAAAUGUAUACUUGUUUGU